AUGUCUAGUCACAGGACUGUCUGCUGUGUGCUGCUCUCUUUCUUUAAAAAUACAAGAGUGUUAUCUCAGUUUCUCUCAGUUUGGCAUUCAUUGUCACAGUUGCUUCACUCAAAGAUGUGUCUCUGAUUCCAGGUCAAAGUGGUGAUUCUUGGCCAGGAUCCGUAUCACGGCCCCAACCAGGCUCAUGGGUUGUGCUUUAGUGUCAAAAGGCCGGUUAAUCCUCCACCCAGUUUGGAGAACAUGUACAAAGAGCUGGUGUCUGAUAUUGAAGGCUUUCAGCACCCGGGACACGGAGAUCUGACUGGAUGGGCCAAACAAGGUGUGCUGUUGCUCAACGCCGUGUUGACUGUCCGAGCGCACCAGGCCAACUCCCACAAAGACCGAGGCUGGGAGACCUUCACUGACGCAGUGGUGCAGUGGCUCAGCACCAACCUGGAGGGUGUCGUCUUCAUGCUGUGGGGUUCAUAUGCUCAGAAGAAAGGCGCUGCUAUAAACAGGAAACGCCACCACGUCCUCCAGACUGUGCAUCCUUCUCCACUGUCUGCUCAUCGGGGAUUUUUCGGCUGUGGCCAUUUUUCAAAGGCCAACGAGCUGCUGAAGAAAUCUGGAAAGUCUCCCAUUGACUGGAAGGCACUUUGAGUCAUGUAUGUCAGCUUUUCUAGCACCUGUGUUGACAGACCAAAACCCACCCAUAAGCUUUUGUUCUUCUGUUCUCAACAGUACUAUGUUCAGUGUUUUUUUCGUGAAAGCGUUCAUGUUGGCUCAUGUUUGUUCUGUACAAGUAUCCUUGAAAGCCUUUUUUCUCAACUUACUGUUGUAAUGCAUGUUUACAUCAUCUGCAUUUCACAGUUUCAGUGUUGUAAAUAUGUUUUUGUACACUAUAGGCCUUUUUAGUUUGCACAUUAAAGUUUCCCUUUUUUUACUUUUUUACUAAAGUGUUGGUUCCAUUAAAGUGGUUCCAAACAGUG